CCUAAAGCAGUCCUCCUGGUCCCCGCUGUAGUUGCUCUCACCUGCAGCCCGCCACCAUGCCCUUGAACGCCGGAGACAACGGCUACGGAAGCGUGGCCUCCCCGGGCCUCUCGGCCAGCGAAGCCGGUUCGGAGACGGCCUCUCUGCUGGUCCCGGACCUCGCACCCGACCAGCCGUGGCGGCCUAUGAGCAAGGAGGACCUAGAGGUGAGCGCUGGGAGCCCCGGCUGGAGGAGGGUGCGCUGCUACCUGGUGCUGCUCUUCUGGCUGACUUGGUUGGCCAUGUUGGCUACCGCCGUCGCCAUCAUCGUCACCAGCCCGCGGCCCGUGCCUGUAAGGCUCAGCUGGUGGCAGAAAUCCUUAUUUUUUCAACUGCAGCCUGACCUAUCGACGGGGCAACAAUCUGAGGCUGUUUGUGAGCAACUUCCUUACUUCAAGUCUUUGGGCAUUAGCGGGCUCAUCCUGCGGGGCUUCUUUGGUCCCCGGUCUGUAUCCCCGGUAAACGUCACUGAGACCGGGGAGCGGUCUGGAACACUGCCCCAGAUCCAGCAUCUGCUCAGCGAGAGCGACAAAGCUGGCCUCAAAGUGCUGUUGGACGUGUGUGACGCGCAGAUUUUGGAUUCUCGGGAUGAAGUCACGCAGCAUGCCCUUCGAUUCUGGUUGGAGAAGGGAGUGGCUGGAAUUUUGAUAUGUGAUACAGAUGAAGCUUAUUCAGAAGAAACUCUGUUGGCAUGGAGAAGUAUCUUGAAGGAGUUCAGCCAAGAAGAAGAAGAAGAAAGGAUUGUUGUCGUGAAACAAACCGGAGACCUCCUCCUACCUCCGGGAGGCUCCGCCCAGCAGCAGCUGAACAUCACCUUGGUGGAUGUGGUCAUGAGGUCAGUGCUGCCGGCCUCGCCUCUCCCGCUGUCCGCCCGGGAAGUGGCGGUCGCCAUUGAGCGCCACCUGCAAACACCUGAACACACGUGGCUCGGCUGGCAGGUCGGAGGCAAAGCACCUCAUGACUUGAGGAACCUGCUGCUGGUGUUGAUGAUGACCCUGCCAGGGACGCCUGCAGUCCAGUACCAGGAACUGGACCCAGUACAGAGCGUUUCUCCUCAUGAUGGCUCAUUGCAAGGAGCAAAUAAGAGUGAAACAGCAUUCAAAGCCAAGCCGCGGCGUUCCACAGCGGCCCUCCUCUCCUCCCUCAGUCACAUCCGAGCCCGAGAGGAAGCGCUCCUCUUCGGAUCCUUCACCUUCCUCCCCUUCAACGCCUCCUCCUCCUCCUCAAACGCCACCCUGUCCCCCGCCCUGGCCUUCCUGCGCUCGUGGGGCUGCGUCCACUUCCUGGUUCUGAUCAACAUCGGACCCGAGCGUCACGCCCUGGAUCCCGCCUGGGCGCCCAGCCUGCCCGAGGCCGGCGUCUUCGUAUCCAGCACUGAGAAGGAGCGCCUGGGGGCCGUCACCCUGAAGACGCUGGUGCUGCAACCCCGUGAGGCCGUUGUUAUCAAACUGUUUGAGCCGGGAAAAUACUCAUAAACAAAUCAAAGAAUGGAAUAAAUAACACUUCUAUUAUUUUUAGUAACUGACAAUAAAGUGGUUAAAUCCUCA